AUGUUGUCUGUUGAGCAAAGAUAUAAUAUUUGUCUUAUGGCCGAAAGACAUCCAAAAUGGACUCAAUUAGAAUUGGCUCAAUGGGCAUAUGAAGCUUUCCAGUUAUCUAAUAUUCCGUCUCAAGGUACUAUCUCAAGGUUACUGGCUAAAAAGUUGACUUAUAUGAAUGCUAAAGAACACGAAAAGGAUGCAAAUCGAUUAAGAAAACCCAAUAAUGUAUUAGUACGUCGUAUUUUACAAGAAUGGAUCUCUCAAAGUAUAUGGAAUGGUAUACCUAUCACUUCUCCUAUUAUUCAAGACACUGCCCAAGCAGUGUGGCAUCGUAUUCCUGCAAACCAAAGAGAAGGCAAUGGUUCCUUCUCUUAUAAAUGGAUUUCCAAUUUUCUUUCAAGGAUGGAUUUUAAUAUCUCUGAUUUAGAUGAAGAAUUGCCAAAGACCCCCAAGAUUUGGACUUUUGAAGAAAGGGAGCAACUGAAACAAUUAUUUUCUAACGUUAGACCAAAGGAUCUUUUCACUUUAGAUGAAACUUUUUUAGCAUACAAUCUACCGUUAGAUUAUGCACAAUAUGAAAUGUCGCAUAUUCAAAGAAGAAUAGAAGUGGCUACAGUAAUGCUCUGUUCUAAUCUAGACGGAUCUGAAAAAUUGAAACCUUUAGUCGUUGGCAAAUAUAAUUCGUAUAGAAGUUUUAGAAACUACUUCCCCGAUGAUCCAAGUAACCCUGUACAAUUGUCCCAAUUAGGUGAAAAGAUGGCAAAUAAAUUUGAAAUAUCUUAUCACAGUAAUAGAAAAGCUUGGCUGACAAGUAAUCUGUUUUAUAAUUGGCUGGCCAGAUGGGAUAAAAGACUGGUGGCAGAUAACAGAAAGAUUUAUGUGGUACUUGAUGAUUCAUGUUCUCAUAGGAUUGUUAAUUUAAACUUGAAAAAUAUUACAUUAUUUUAUACUUCAUCAAAUUCAAGAUUUUUACCAUUCAAUUGGGGUGUACUAGAUGAAUUUAAGACAAGGUACAGAAUACAACAAUAUCAGGCGUUGAUUGAGUUACAAAGAAAAAUUGAAAAUAAACUUGGUAGGAAAUAUUAUAUUAGUUUUGAGCAAAGUCAAUUGACGAUGUCAAAUGCAUUUAAGUUUAUCAAAAGAGCUUGGGAUUCUAUUCCUGCUAAUGCAAUAAAGGCGAACUGGAAAAGUUCGGGUUUAGUUCCACCCGAAAUGCUUCCCUUAACACAACAUAUAUCUAUGGCUUUCAGGAAAAACGAAAUCUUGGAAGCACAUUUAAAUGCUUUGUGUCGAGAAUAUCAUUGUCAAAAACAAUGGGAGUAUGAUAUGUUAUUAGAUUUAAAUAUAGAAAAUAAGAAUACAAAUUUCUUAAGUACAGAGGAACUUGUAGAAAGUGCCAUAGUCGAUGAACUGGAACCUGAAAAUGAAUAUUAUUCAGAAAGCGCUCUUUCGAGUACAUCUACAUCUCAGAUUGGUAUAGAUGAACUAAUUAACAGAAUACCUGGAAAUAUGGUAGGAGAUUAUAAAGAUGGAAUUGUCAAUGAAUUAACCAACAUACCACCAUUGCAUAGUGACCAUCAACUUCAGCAAAGUUCAAUGAAUGCUACAGCAAAAAAUUCAAAUAUGGAUCAUUUUACUAGAGAUCCAAGUCAAUUAUAUCUGUUGGCUACUCCUCGUGUUGAUUCAGGAAUUCAGUCUGAUACAAGCAGGUAUCUGUUAGGGAGGGAUAACAGUACUAUAGACCAAAAUACAGUUACUAAUUCUGUUGAUAAUGGUUUGGAUAAUAAUAUAAAUGGAUAUUUUGCAGGAUUAAAUCAAGGCAUCAAUAAUAGUCGUAGCGAUAAUAACAGUAAUAAUCUUUUUAAUGUCAGUACUUUAAUUGAUAAACCAAGUUUGUUCUUUAAUGGUAACCUAGACUUAGACUUACAAGAUCUGGGUGUUGAUAUUGCUGGGGCUGACUAUUUCGAUGAGCUUUUUUCUACUUCAUUUGAUGUAAUAAACAAUAAUGGAAGUAAUACUCAAAGUAAUGUAACACUUCCAAACUCUACAGAAGCAGUGAAUGAGGCUACAUUACCAUGUAAUAUAAGAAAUGGUACACCUCCGCCACCUACUAUCUCAAACUUGUAUUCUAAUCCAAAUAUAGGUAUGGAAAAAGCGCAUGUCAAGAAUAAUCAUCAAAAUUUAUUAAAUAAUAUUCAAUCUCAUAAUAAUAAUAUUUUAUCACAAGGAAAUUCAAAUUUCGAACAAAAUGGUUUGAAUAAUUUAAUCUCAAAUAGAUCAAAUACUGACAUACCUUUAACUUUUCCUAGUUUUAAUCAUAUGUCUAAUCAUUUUCAAAAUCAUAAUUUUUCUCCAGAUAUGUUGCAAACCAACAUUGAUAUUGCUAAAUCACUUGGUAAUAUUAUAAAACACUCAGAAAAUAAUGAAAUAUCUCUUUCAAGAAGUACCAUGAAUGAAAUUCGUUCUAACUAUAUGACCUUAUUGAAAAUGAUUAAAAGAACCAGACAACAACUAUAUAAGUCUAAACUAAGAACAAGGCAAAAUCACCUCGACAAUGUUUUGUCUGCUACAACUGAGGUUUCGAAUCUUUUACCAACCAAUGAAAAUGAUAAAGUAUCAUUAGAUAAUAAUUUGAGAAAUACUACUCCAUUUUUUUAG